CUUUUCUGCUGAUCCCAACACAAACCAACACAUUAUCACAAAUCGCAAAAUCGCAACCAUGUCCGACUUCCCCACCUAUACCAAGCCAUUCAACAAGAAUGCGUACCGCAGCGCUGCUGCUUACAAGUCGCAUCUUGAGAGUCAGCGCAUGAAAGCAUCACCCAUUUCUCACCAAGCGCCCCGUACAAUCACCCGUCCAACCCCCCGUCCAACCCUCCGUACAGUCCCCCGAUACAGGGCCCCGCGCGCACUGGCAUCGCCCAAGUUGAUGACAGAUGAGGAAGUCAGAGCUUGGUUCAGGGAAGCCGAGGAAGAGUAUGAAGCCAAGAAGAAGGCCGGCUACUACGACGACUACGUCCCGGCCGCUGGACCCAGCCGCGCCGUCCUAGCCAACACCACCAAUUCGCUGCCGAAAAGGAAGACCGGGUUGGAGAAUUCCAUGCACGCGCCCAAGAAACAGUCGAUCACCUCGACCCCAGCCUUCGCGGCUGUGGCGAUCCGUCGCUGAGGGGAGGGUGAAAUUCUGGACCUCGGUUUCCACGGAGG